UUCCAAGUCUCUGUCUCGAUAUACCGGCGAUAAUUGCGAACCGGGGAAAACCCAGAUUCGAUUUUUAUACAUAAAAAUGGUGUCGGACUCGGACCUGGUGGCCCGACUCCGAGAAAUCCUAUUGGAGUCGGACCUCGACACCGCCACCGCCGGCAGUGUGAGGAAACAACUCGAGGAAGAUUUCGGCGUCGACUUGUCUGAUAGGAAAGGUUUCGUGAGGGACCAAAUCGACAUUUUCCUCGAAACCUUAAAUCAGGAAAAUGAAAAGGAAGAACGUGCACUUGAAUCUGAAAAUGAAAAUAACGUGCUUCAAGAAGGUGAUGAUGAAGAAGAAGAAGAAGAAAGCAAGGGAGAAGGAAGCCAAACAAGGAGAGCAAGUAAAGCUGAUAAACAAGUGAAGAAAAGAGGUGGUGGCUUUCAGACAGUGUGUAGUCUUUCUCCUCAGCUUCAAAAAGUAGUAGGAGAGUCUAAAUUGGCCAGAACUGAGGUAGUGAAGAAACUUUGGGUAUAUAUCAAGGAGAAGAAUUUGCAAGACCCGAAUAAUAAGCGAAAUAUUAUAUGCGACGAAUUACUUCGUGCUAUUUUUCGCGUAAAUUCUAUUAAUAUGUUCCAAAUGAAUAAAGCCCUGACCAAGCAUAUAUGGCCGUUGAGUGAAGAUGAUGGUAUUUACUUUCGACAUAGUUAAUAUUAUCUGCUAUGA